AUGAGUUUGACUUCUGAAAACCUUAGAUAAUUAGAUAAUUUUACAAUUACACCCCAGAGAAAGCAGGAAUAUGAUGUUUAAUCAAGAAGUUCAUAUAAGUCUUUAAGGGUUUCAUAGCAAGAUGGAUUCUUUUCUAGAUAUCAGUCGAAUGGCCCAAGGGCAGGAUUGAAUCCUCAUGUAAAAAUGGAGCUCCAUAAAACAUAUGAAGAUUUGAAUAAAGGAAAAAUAAACAAAGAAAAGUUUGUAAAGAAAGUGAAAGAAGAUAUUGGCUUAAAGACAAAUCCUUAUUUCGAUAAAGCUAUCUAAAAAGUAGAUUGCAACUAUGGUGAGGUAGUUAAGGGCAUAGAUAAGUAAUACCGCGAAGUUAAUUAAAACCUUAAACCAAAUACUUGCGAUCCAACAAUCAUUACAGGACAUGAUGUAACAAUUUCUGUUGGAAAAUUUUAAGAAAAAUUCCUUCCUACCCCAAAUUAUGAUACAAGCGAUGAAAUUUAAAAAUAGUGCAUUGAAGAAGUUAACAAAUUAGUUUAGGGCUAAGUCCAUCCAAUUUAAUUUUUAAAAUAACUGCAAACAAAUGGUCUAAAUACAGAUUUAAUUGAAAAGGAAAUAAGAGAGCUUAACGCAUCAAAUUAAUGCAGUUACAGUAAAGUGAGUCAUGGAUUAUAUAGAGCAUUGGAAGAGUAAAGAAGCAAAUAAAUGAAUGCAUCACUCAUGGGUCUUAAUGAUAACCCUGUUCGUGGUGAUUGGGUUUAUCACUCUCAUCUCAAAGAUAAUAAAGCCGAUUUUGCAGUUCCAACUCAUAAUUCGAAUAAGGAAAAUACAGCUUUAGAAAGAGAAUAUAGAAAAUUAGUUGUACCUACUGGCAAUAUUGUAUAUUAUGAAACUAAAAAGCCCGCUCCAGAUGGCGUAGUCGCUGCUUUAAAUAACGGUGAUAUUUUAACUUGGAAGAGACAAUACUGCAAUUAAAUACCAUAAUAAGAAGAAUAACCAAAAUAAAGAAUAACAAAGCAUAAUUAAAGCUCUAUUAAAUUAUAAGAUAUAACAACUUUUAAACCUGACCCUACUUUUGAUCCAAUAAUUAAAAGAAAAAAUAUCAACUAAAUGAUGAGUACUAGAAAUAUAUUGGCUUAUGAAUAAGAAACAGUAGUAUCACCAAAAAAACAACUAAAAAUGCUUGAAGGUUCAGGUAACAUUAUCUCUUGGAAUUAAUGA